AUGACUGAGAAACGAUCGCUGAUUGAUGAAUUACACGUUGCAGCGAGAAGAAAUUUUCCAAGAAGACGCGUCAUAGUACACGGAUACAAUGACCUGUGGCAGGUGGAUGUGGUUAAGAUGCGUCCGUAUACACGCUGCAAUAGAGGUUACCACUACAUUCUCACCGUUAUCGAUGUGCUGAGUAAGCACGCAUGGGCCGUAUCACUCAAAGUCAAGAUCGGGAACGAGGUGACGAAAGCGAUUGCAAAGAUAAUUCGAGACGAUGGAAGAUGUCCAAAAAAUUUGCAGACUGACAAAGGAAAGGAAUUUUACAACUCGAAUGUGCAGAAACUCUUGAAGAAACAUAACAUCAAUCAUUACAUAUUCUGGAUCGAUAUGCUGCCACGCCUCGUAUCAGAUUACAACGCGCGAAAGCAUCGAACUAUCGGUAUGCGGCCCAUCGAUGUUACCUCUGCGAUCGCCGACAGGCUCUUAAUCACGGUAUACAAUCAUAUAAAGAUUGCCGCACCCGCGCGAUUCAAAGUGGGUGACUCAGUUUGCGUGAGCAAAUUCAAGACAAUCUUUAAGAAAGGAUACACGUCAAAUUGGACUACGGAGGUCUUUAAAAUCAUCAAAGUGCAACAAACUAAUCCAGUGACGUAUCUAUUGGAAGAUACUCGCGGAAAACCCAUCGUUGGAGGAUUCUACGAAUACGAACUGCAUCGCGUCGCUAAUCCUGACAUGUAUCUCGUUGAAAAAGUGUUGCGCGAGAAGGGAAACGAGGUUUACGUAAAAUGGUUGGGAUUUGACAAUUCACACAAUUCAUGGAUUCAUAAAGACAAUCUCCGCAACGACCCUUCGCCGUCACAAAGCGCGGAUUCGCGCCUGACCAGAGCCGGGACACGCGAGCGAGCGAAAUCUCCAGGGGGCCGUAUAUUAGCGUUAAGUUCAUUUUUUCUAAUCCCCGGCGAAUUUAUUCCGUAUGUAACCAUUACGAAAACCUCGCCGAGCGAAGAAACCACCGGAGGGAAGACAACCACGGAAAAAUCCCGCGGGCCGGAGACAGGCGGAGCGGAGCCGGCAAGCGCUUCCGGCCAGUGGAAGAAAGCAGCGGCUACCCCCGCCAAAGGAUUUAGCGGCGCCCGAGCCCCAGGAUAG